AUGGAAACACCACAGCAGACGAGUGGGUUGGAGACACGGCCAUGGACCAAAGAAGAAGACCAGAAGCUCUUUGAAUGUAAAAGCAAAAAUCGCCAUCUAUCUUGGCCAGAAAUCGCAAUGCUGACAGAGCUAGAGAGGAGUCGGAAAUCCAUGAUGGCAAGACCAGAGGAGCAGAGACCGCGAUGGACCGAAGAAGAAGACCGGAUGCUCUUUGAAUGUAAAGGCAGAAAUUUGGAUCUACCUUGGCCAGAUAUCGCAGAGCUGGCAGGGCUGAGCAGGAGUGGUAAGAGUUGUAGGGAUAGGUGGAAAAACCAUCUGGAUCCUAAUGUCAAGAGAGGGAACUUCUCCCAAGAGGAAGACGAAACCAUCAUCCGCCUCCAUUCAAGUCAUGAGAAUAGCUGGGCAUUCAUAGCAACUCAUCUUCCAGGGCGAACCGAUAAUGCUGUCAAGAACCGCUGGAAUAACCAUUUGAAGAAUAAGCUAAUUGGGAGAAAGCUGGCAGGGCUGAGCAGGAGUGGUAAGAGUUGUAGGGAGAGGUGGAAAAACCACCUGGAUUCUAAUGUCAAGAGAGGGAACUUCUCCCAAGAGGAAGACGAAACCAUCAUCCGCCUCCAUUCAAGUCAUGGGAAUAGCUGGGCAUUUAUAGCAACUCAUCUUCCAGGGCGAACCGAUAAUGCUCUCAAGAACCGCUGGAACCACCAUUUGAAGAAUAAGCUAAUUGGGAGAGGUAUUGAUCAUCAGAAUAUUCCUGACCCACAAAGUAGCACCGGGGAUUACUUUGAGCCUUGGAUUUCUGGACCGGUCUCAGCCUCAGUGGAGAACGCGUUCAUGCCAACUGAACAAGUCACCAGAAAUUGGUCUACUUAA